UUAUAUUCGGUUAUUUACUGCAAAUAAAUUCUUUUUCGAGUCCCUAUAAUCAAGCAGGUAUCUCAAGCAUACCGCAUCGUUAUAUUGCUGCAUGAUUGAGUGUUUAAUUUUGAUAAAAUAUCGAAAACAAAAGUGUGCAUAAAAAUUGCCUCGCCAUAACAAAAAGGUGGUAGAGAAUUAACACUGUUGUUUACAGUUUAGAACCAAAUCCAGAUGUCGCACAUGUUGGGGUAGGGAUUCAGUGCUCCACCUUCUCCCCCUGGCUUCAACACCACAAAGAAUAAACGUUAAAUUAAAAUUAAAAGAACAGGCAAACUACAAUAUUUUUAAUAGGCAUUUGCAUAUAAUUGGCAAGAAUGGAAAACUUUGACGAUUUUUCCAACGAUCAACUCCGGUUGAAGAUGCAAGAAUACGGCAUGCCGAACAUUCCCAUAACAGCGACAACUCGUAAGGCGGUUGUUAAAAAGCUAAAAAACUAUGUUGAGAAUGCCAAUAGCAAAUCCCGUCGGGAUACUAUUCACGUCACAAAGUUUUCCUCCGACGACGACACCGAUACCGCCGAAGAACCGAAGAAAAUACAAAAGAAGGAAUCCAAUCGACGAGCAACUAUCGGUGCAUCUGCUACUAAGCUAUCAAAAAUGCUUCCAGUCAUGCCGGAUUUACCACCACCAAAAGCAAAAAUGGAGAAAACUGAAUCCGUUCAGAAGCGUAGAUCAGGAAGGAUUACCCCAGUUCAAGGCAAAAAUGAUACUUCGACAGUGGCCGCCCCCAAGGAACCAAUGAUUGUGGAAAAUUCCGAUGAUGAAGAAGAUGAGGAUAUGCUUCCGUUAACCCAGAUAAAGAAUACCCGUGACCGGAAAUCGAAAAGCCCGUCGCUGUCGCGAGCUGAAAUGGUAACGACGUCGUACGUUCAUCAGGUGGAAGUUGAGCCACCGCAGCCUAUUGUAGAGGACAUGGAAAUAGAUCUUACCGAGUCGACGGACGAUAUCAUGAUUGAACCGGAACCCAGGAAGCAGCCUUCAGUUAAUCCACCGCGUGAAACUCGUUACCAUACGACUUCUACAAGUACAACGACAUCUAGCAAACGGACCACACUUGCCGGAGGAUUUCCCGUAACGACUGCUGCUCGCCAAAGCGAGCUCUCAACAUCCUUUGGCCGUCCAUCGUUGUCUAGUGUGUACACAUCCCCUAGGGCAGAAUCGCGUCGAGAGGAGGUUCACCUGGAACCGACCGAUUCCCCUUAUCUGAGCGAAUUUACGAAGCGCUUGUCCCGUCUGAAGGCAGAAAAUGCCCAGCUGAAUGCGGUGCGGGACCAUCCGAUAAGACGUACGAUUGCCUCCAGUUUUGCUGCUACCCGUGAGACCGAUGGCGAUUAUGUCGCAUCCCGAUUGGCUUCAACUCGACGCCAGCCAGUCGCGGAAGGCAAAAAGGAGGGCGAAAUUCGGGCAUCGCUCCGACAGGUCAUCCUUUCGCUGGACCAGAAGUAUUCGAUUAGGAAGUUGUUCUACCUGCUGAUCGUGGCCAUGGUUUUGAUAUUUUUGUUCGUUUUCUUUUUUCUUUAAGCAGCAAAGGUUGGAGAACUAACUUGUUCUGAGCCAGAGCCCAGAGGUGUGCGUAAAGAUCUGUUUUUUCUGUAUUUGAUUGUUGUUUUAUACUGGCCGUGUAAGGUUGACAUUUCAAUAUCUAAUAAACUAAUUUUUAAUAUGCAACUACUAAAGAA